UAACCUUAAAUAUCCUUAUCAGUAUUUAUAAAUGACCCUUCGGGAAUAUUAAGCUGUACGGGAUUCGUAGGUUAUCUGUGCGGUUAUUUUGACAAUGAGAGAUUUGUCAUUCACAGGGAUAUAUACACUCAUUCAUGUUAGUUAGUACCCUCCAAUGAUAUAAGACUCAUCUUUACACGUGGGUGAGCAGGUUCACACGUGGGUGAGCAGCAGGUGGCAUAUAGGUCUGUUGCUAUUUUAAUAAUUAUAUUAUUAUUCAGAAAGAAAGAAAAAAAGGAUGAUGUACUCAGAUGAACAAAGUCGGUACUCAGAUGUAAUGAGAGUGUGCAACCAAAUAAUCAUAUCUUCCGCGGAGCCCAUUCUCAAGUGCAUAGAAACGUUGUGCAAUCAUUUUGAAGAUGACGUAAUAGUUAUUGCUGAUUUCUGUACAGCAGAUGGAGGGAAUUCUGUUGAAAUACUUCACAAAAUGAAGGAAAAAAUAGAUGAGCAUUCAAGACAGAUGUUUGUAAUAUUUGAAGAUCAUCCAAAUAAUGAUUUCAGUAGUCUCUUCAACACUAUUAAGUGCAAGCAUAAUCAACUUAAUAUGUACCAAGCUGUGUGUUCCAAGGAUAUGUAUAAACAAUGUUUACCGUCAAAUUUUAUACAUUUGAUAUUUUCAACCUUUGGAUACCAUUGGUUGUCAGAAAGACCUUGCAAUAUAGAAAAUGGAAUGUUCGUACAUGAUGCUAACGAGAGCGAACAGAAAGAAUUUGCCCAACAAGCCGAGAAGGACUGGGAAUCAUUCCUACUCCAACGAGGAAAAGAAUUAAAACGUGGUGGAAUAAUGUAUCUGCUCGGUUUGGUAAAGGAUGACAAAGGAGAAUAUGGUUCAUUAGAGUUCCACAAGCAAGUGUCAGAAGUUCAAAAGAAAAUGUUUCAAGAUGGAUUUAUAUCUAAGGAGGAAAAUAAAAAUAUGCUCAUUAAUUUUUAUCAACGGUCAGAAGCUGAAAUGAGACUACCGUUUUGCCAAGGAUCAAAGGUUUCUGCAUUAGGUUUAAAAUUACAAUCCUUCACAAUGAGAAACUGGACAGCGGUCAAGCAUCCGGGAAAUAAAAACAAUCAGGAAAAGCAAAUGUGGGCCUCGUGUAUGACAUCUGUUGCAAGAGUUUGGAGUCAUAAACCUAUGAUCGAAAGUCUCAAAGAUCACCGCACAACUGAAGACAAAAUGAAUUUGAUGAACCGUUUCUAUGACAAUUUGAAGACACGAUUACUUGAAUGUACUUUUGACUUAGACUACACACUGGUUGAUCUUAUCAUAUCUAAAACCUGAGUGUGUGCUUCUACAGUGAACUUAUUUAUGACAUACUUUAUCAGGAUUUUAAAUACACUCAUCGACAAUUUGUUGAUUUGUUGCUCAUACAUGUAUUUUAAUAUCACAAGGAUCACCGAAAGUUUAUGCCAGAGGAGAAUAUUUGACGCCGUUGAACAAGUUUAUACAUGACAUGGUUCAGUCUUGUGUCCCGAAAUUUCGAAUUAAGCGUCGUUGAACUUCAAAUAACUCAAAGAGUCUGUCAACAGACGUGUAAUUUUAGACGUACAGGUUGUCAAAUAUCUCACAAGAAACAACCAAUGAAGUUUCAAACUAUUUCAAAGUCAGACUAGGUUGUAAUAUUAAAAAAAAAAAAAAAAAACAAAAAAAACAAAGAUAAAACCGGGGAAAUAUAAUUUGCUUUAAUCUGAUUCAUUUGGUCACUGUUUGAUAGAAGUACUAGUGUUUUAGUCAAAUCAUAUCACAUGAUGUUAUCUCCUUACAAUAAUAAAUGAAAAAUGUGUCGAUCUAUGUGCCACCUAUGCCGCCACUUUAGCUUAUUAAUAUGCAUCAGUCAAUGUACCAACUGAAGUAUUGACAUUUUAUUUUCUUUAAAAGUGGACGAUUCCUUGCAGGUUUAAGUGUUUUAAUUUUUCUAUAACCAAUAGUACUUAGAGUUGUUGUUAGAUUUUUUUUGUAUGUUUAUGUAUAAAAUUGUGUCACCAGUGUUUACGUAAUAUCAAAUAUUUUCAUUUAAAUUACAUUUGGUUGCGGCAAUUUAAGGUAUUUUUUUUAUUCAUUCUAUUUAUAUGAUGAAAAUUCGGCAAUUAUGCAUUUAUACAUGGGCAUAACUCAUAG